AUGUGCAUGGGUGGAGAUGCACACGAAGACUCAGCCGAAAGGCUGCGGUCGAAAGAAAUAGAGCGCACGCUCAGGCAGGACGAAAAACGAAUGGCAAGGGAGGUCAAGCUGCUGCUUUUAGGUGCUGGUGAAAGUGGAAAAUCCACAAUUCUCAAGCAGAUGCAGCUGAUAUACGCCGCCGGAUUCCAAAAGGCCGACAGAGAGCGGUAUCGGGGAAUAAUAUUCACGAACAUUACUGAAUCUAUGAAGCUUGUCCUGGAACAGAUGGAACAUUUCGGUUUAGCAUUUGAGAAGGCAGAGAACGAGCAACAUGUCUCUUUGAUCUUGAACCAAAAGGAACUCAGCAGCGGAGAAAAGAUGCCAAGGGACCAUCUAGCACCUUUGAAAUCCCUCUGGAAUGAUGCCGGUGUACAGCAAACUGUAGCUCGAGGAAAUGAAUUUGCCCUCCACGAUAACCUGUCAUAUUAUUACGAGGAGUUGGAUCGAAUUUUUGCUGUCGACUAUAUCCCGAACGACCAAGAUAUUUUGAGAUCGAGACUGAAGACCACUGGAAUUAAUGAGACAGAAUUCGACCUCGGCCAGCUAAGAUACCGCAUGUUUGACGUCGGUGGCCAGAGAUCUGAGCGAAAGAAAUGGAUCCACUGCUUCGAGGGUGUCACCGCUCUACUAUUCCUGGUCGCUAUUAGCGGAUACGACCAAUGUCUUGUCGAGGACAAGGAUGCCAACCAAAUGCAAGAAGCUCUGAUGCUAUUUGAAUCAAUCUGCAACUCCCAUUGGUUCAUACGAACCUCCAUCAUCCUUUUCAUGAACAAGAUCGAUCUCUUCCGCGAGAAAAUCAGCGCAUCGCCGGUGAAGAAGUACUUCCCGGACUAUACCGGGGACCCAGAGUCGUACAAACAAGCUUCCGAGUUCUUCCACGACAAUUUUAAGAGACUCAAUAGAAAUCCCUCUAAGGAUAUCUACGUUCACUACACCAACGCCACCGAUACCGAUCUUCUCAAGAUUACCAUGUCCAGCGUUCAAGACAUCAUCCUUCAAAAGAAUCUUCACCAAUUGAUACUAUAA